UCUCCUCCUCCUCCUCCUCCUUCUCCUCCUUCUCCUCCUCCUCCUCCUCUUCCUCCUCCUCCAUCUCCAUCUCCACCUCCAUCUCCAUCUCCACCUCCAUCUCCACCUCCAUCUCCAUCUCCACCUCCAUCUCCAUCUCCAUCUCCAUCUCCACCUCCACCUCCAUCUCCACCUACAUCUCCAUCUCCACCUCCAUCUCCACCUCCACCUCCACCUCCACCUCCAUCUCCCACCCCAACUCCACCUCCACCCCCAUCUCCACCUCCACCCCCAACUCCACCUCCACCUCCAUCACCCCCAUCUCCACCUCCACCUCCACCUCCACCCCCAACUCCACCUCCACCUCCACCCCCAUCUCCAUCUCCACCUCCUCCUCCACCUCCACCCCCUCCACCCCCAUCUCCACCUCCUCCACCUCCACCUCCCCCAUCUCCACCUCCUCUAUCUCCACCUCCACCCCAUCUCCACCUCCUCCUCCACCUCCACCUCCUCCUCCAUCUCCACCUCCACCCCAUCUCCAUCUCCACCCCAUCUCCAUCUCCACCACCUCCUCCUCCACCCCUACCCCCAUCUCCAUCUCCACCUCCUCCUCCAUCUCCACCCCCAUCUUCAUCUCCACCUCCUCCUCCAUCUCCACCCCCAUCUCCACCUCCACCUCCACCCCCAUCUCCCCCUCCUCCUCCACCCCCAUCUCCAUCUCCACCCCCUCCCCCAUCUCCACCUCCACCUCCACCUCCACCCCCAACUCCACCUCCACCCCCAUCUCCAACUCCACCUCCACCCCCAUCUCCUCCUCCUCCUCCUCCUCCACCUCCAUCUCCACCUCCUCCUCCACCUCCACCCCCCCCAUCUCCAUCUCCACCUCCUCCUCCAUCUCCACCCCCAUCUCCACCUCCUCCUCCAUCUCCACCCCCAUCUCCAUCUCCACCUCCUCCUCCAUCUCCACCCCCAUCUCCACCUCCACCUCCUCCUCCACCUCCACCCCCAUCUCCAUCUCCACCUCCUCCUCCA